AUGAAAAAUACAUACACAUUUUUGUUAUAUUUGGGUAUUGGUUUAUUUGUGCUGAGUUCUAAUUGUUUUGAAUUAGAUAUUGGACAAAUAAGUAAAUAUCGUAAAGGAGGAAAUGAGAUCAAUGUUUACAGAGAUGACACUGAUUCUUUUUACAAACAUCAACCUUAUGAACCUUUUUUGUUAAAGGAAUUGUACUAUGAUGAUGAAGUAAUAUAUUUUGAUCCUCUACUAACUUCUGAUCAACUUUUGAUCUCUGCCUCUGUUCUUUGGGUAUUGGAUAAUCCAACAGUAAUCCACUUAAAUCUGGAAAAAUCAACAAUUAUGCUCUUGAAUGAAAACAAUUCAUCACUAAGUGUAGAAGCUAUAUUUUCAUGUAAAAACAUUUCUAAUAUAAAUCAUAAAUUUCAUCCUGGUUCUGAUAAUGAUGUUGAUGUAGAUAUAAAACAAACUCAAAACUACAGUAGUAAUUCAUUGAAUGUUUCUGUUAAUCAACUUCAUUUAUCAGGAAAUGGUCUAGAAAACUUUGUAUUAAGGUAUUAUGACCUUGGUUCAUACAAAUUAAAUAGCCUUAAGUAUGGAGAUGAUGUUCUGAAGACUGUAACUGAAACAUCCACUCAAAACAAAGAGGUCAUUCUAGAGGUUCCUAACAAGGAACAGGUAUAUGGAGUAUAUGUCUACAGUUAUAAUGACUUUCCUCUAAUGAUUGAGUUGGUGUAUACUUACAAUAAAAGGCUGUAUUAUGGUAAUUGUACUGUAAGAAAGUGGCAUAAAUUACUUAUGGUACCUCUAAAUGAUCCAUCAUAUUAUGAAAAUCUACUUAACAAGCUUAAUUAUUACGCCUGCAAGAAUGGAUUCAAGAUUACUAUAGAUGCUAAUAGGAAAGCAGAAGAAGCCCAGGGUUACUAUGAUAUUGAUAAUUAUUGCCUUGGACCUAAUGGAGUAGAACCUGUUCAAAAUAAAUUAGAUUUAAAGCUUGAAAAACGUAGUGAUAACAUGAAAUACAAAUGCUUUGAACACUCAGGUGAGGAUGAUAGAAAAUUCUUUACGGAUAAUUUAUAUUAUGAGAAUUCAAUUUUUGAACUGCAGAAUUUACCAAAAAAGAUAGAUUCUAUAAGAGUCUAUCGAUAUCGCGAUAAUAAACCAUGCUUAAUUACUAUUGUAAGCAAAAAUUCUUUGUUGUAUUAUAAACGUGAGGGUGAUAGUUGGAAAUACUUCAAUACUGAUGAGAAUCUUCCAGAUAUAAAUACCAAAUUUAAUGAGAAAAUAAACAGACUUUUGGAUGAGCUUGAUCCCGAUGAAGAACUUCUUGAGGAGAAUCUAAUAGAUCACAAAUGGAAGAAGGAACCCAAACUAAACCUUAAUGAAGAAACUGUUAAAUCUCUACCAGACAAUGUAACGAUAAAAGUUCAAGGUAAUGAAACCUAUGAAAUGCCAACGUUGAAGUAUGACAAUAAUCAAUUGGAAUCAAAAAUAUUGAAAAGGUUUCAAUUUGAUAUAUAUAGUUAUAUGGAUCCCAUUGAGCAAAUAUCAUCAAUUAUUAAUGGUGAUCUGGAAACUAAGAUAGUUGUGGAGACAAAACCAAACUGUGCCUUGAUAGCCAUCUAUUAUGAUGGAAGACCUAUUAUUGAAUUCGAAAAGGAAGAUGUGUUAAUUCACAAAGCAAUUUAUUUUUAUCGCAAACCAACUGAUGAUAUGGAUGUUUACCUGUAUACCAACAGUUUAUGGGAACUAGUGUCCAAAGAACCUGUAACACUAGCAGAUUCCCAUCAAACAAACCAAGAUUUGAAAAAUUAUUUUGAUAAAGUUAAAAAACAUGAUACAGCUGGAACUCAAAAGCCCAAAGAAAUUAAAGUAACUAAUGUAGAAAUAGAAUUGAUGACCAUACAUCAAUUAGCGAUACUGACACGUAAUUACGCAAAGGAGAAUAUUGACACAAUAAAGAGAGAUCAAUCUAAGAAUAAUGACACAGAAAGAGAGAUUGAUGUAUCCAAAUUAAAUCCUUCUUCCUGUACUAAUAAAUUUGGUUACUUCAAAAUAAUCAAAGAAAAUGAAAAGAAAAUUCUAGAAUUAACAGAUACAUUGAACCAUUUUGUAAAGCUCAUAGAAUACAGUAAGGAAGAUGAUGAAUUGAAUCUGUUUCAAAAGAAACCAGCUGAUAAUGAGUGGAAGUUUAUAAUACUUCAACCUGUAAUGUGUCUUUAUAAAAGGGACAGUGAGCCUCUGAAACAAUACUUUACUAAAAUGAAUGAGAUUAAUAAUUUUGAUUACAAUGUUGAUAUAUUUGAAGGGAUAAUACGUCUGCUUCCUAAUAUAAAUGUCAAUAUAACAACCAAAUUAAACGAAAGGUAUAAUAUUACUACUAUUAGCAAAAACUUGGCGCUUUUGAAGAAUAAUCAAAUUGUUAAAAAAGAUUUUGAUGUACAUUAUUAUCUUCAUAAAGAUUACACGAAUAGAACUGUUGUAGAAUAUCAUAAAUGUAUGGAUUUGAGAAGAAAUGGAAGAGAUGAAGCUAAGGCACAUGCACUGCCAUUAUACGGAAUCAAUCAUAUUAAAUGGAAUUAUAAUGAUGUUUUUAAGGUUGAUGUCAAAGAUAGGUGUGUAUUCCUCUCUGUGGAAUAUAUUCAUAAGGAUAACCAUACUCAUAUAUACGGAUAUACCAAUGCGUUAUAUGUAUUUCAUGCCUAUAGACAUGAUAAUGAAGGUUAUAAAUAUCAUAAUUGGAAACGUAGAAAAGAACGAGCUGUAAUUGAUGAAUCGACUAAUGAUGAUCCCAAAGUUUGUAGAGACUUAAAAAAGUAUUUCAAAUUGACAAAGAAUAUCAGCAAAUUCGAUCUUGAUUAA